AUGAAGAAGGUUCCAGUUUCAGUCAUUACAGGUUUCUUAGGAAGUGGAAAGACUACUUUGAUUAACUACAUUCUCACUCAACCUCAUGGAUACAAGAUUGCCAUCAUUGAGAAUGAAUUUGGGGAAGUUGGAAUUGAUGACGCAUUGGUUGUUCAAGCCAAUGAAGAAAUAUUCGAAAUGAAUAAUGGAUGUAUUUGUUGUACUGUUCGUGGUGAUUUGAUUAGAAUUUUGGGAAGAUUAGCAAAGAGAAAGGAUAAAUUCGAUUACAUUCUCGUUGAGACAUCAGGUAUGGCUGACCCAGCUCCUGUCGCUCAAACAUUCUUUGUUGAUGAUGACAUUUCUGAACAAUAUUAUUUAGAUGGAAUCAUUACCAUAGUGGAUGCCAAACAUAUUUUACAACAUUUAUUAGAAGAAAGGCCAAAAGAUGAAGAAAAUGAAAGUGUUGAACAAAUUGCCUUUGCUGAUCGAAUCAUUUUAAACAAGAUUGACUUGUUGAAACAAGACGAAAGUUCAGUAUCUUUAGAAGAGGUCAAGAAACACAUUCAAUCAGUCAACAAAUUUGCUCCAAUCAUUGAAACCAAUCAUUCCAUCAUUCCAGAUCUUUCCUCUCUCCUCAACAUUCGUUCAUUCGAUGUACAAAAGAUUUUACAAAUGGAUCCAGACUUCCUCAAAGAUAUGGAACAUACUCAUGAUACUUCUGUUGGUUCUGUAGCCAUUGUCGAGAAGGGAAUGAUCAACCAACAAUUAUUCUCAAGAUGGUUAAGAGGAUUAUUGAGUGAAAAGGGUGCAGACAUUUACAGAUCUAAGGGAAUUGUAAAAUCUCAAGAGUUGGCUGAUGAAGAUUCUCAAAUUACAAAUUCAAAUGAAGAAUUUGUUAUGGUUUUCCAAGGAGUUCACAUGAUGAUGGAUAUGAAAGUGAUGCCAGUUGCCAAAUCUAAAGUUGGCAAUGUCAACAAGUUAGUUUUUAUUGGAAAGAAUUUGAAUAGACAAGAAUUGGAACAAGGUUUCAGAAAUUGUUUACAAGAAUAA